AUGGACCACGAGCUGAUACUAACAAGGCCGAGGCUGACGGGAGAAUCCACAGUCACCACAGCCCACAUGGACCGGGGUCCUCGCCCUGCGACACAGUUUGAGGUGGACGUGGACCUGGGCUUCGCUCUCUUCUUCCUCGCCCUCCUCUGCUUCUUCCUGCUGGCGACCGUGGUGCGAUGUGCCCAAACGGUGGUGGAUCCUUAUGGCUCCAUCUCCACCUCCACCUACGAGGAGGAGCAGAUCAACUGA